UUCGAUCUCAUUCUUUUACGUUAAUCCGACUCGGCUGCUUACUCUCCUUUUGACUCUCGAAAGAGAGCUCUUGAAAAGCACGUUGGAGCUUGAAUGUUGGAGGUCGCCUUCACCGCGGCGAGCGACAGAAAUGUCCACCCCCAAUGAUCUCCAGGCCCUCCUGGCGAGCAUUCGGCCGCGUCCUUCUCUUUCGAACACGCCCGGUCAGGAUGCUCCCAUGCAGUACCCUCAGCAGUACCAAUCCGGAUUACGCCCCCAGCAGCAUCCUCCCUAUGAUGGACAGAGCCUUCCUCACCCCCAGCUGCAACAGCAUGGUUACCGCCACCCAUCAGUCUCAUCUACUAUUCACAGUCCCUCUCCAGUGAAUACUCCACCCCACCAUGGCUCGGACAUUCUCAGUCCUAAUAUUCCUACGCCCCGUGGGGAGAUGUUUCCUCCCCAGCAGCAUCAGCCGAUGUCCCAGAAUCCUGAUCGUGCUGCAAAUCUGCUCAACCUGCUGAAAUUCAACCAGCCUGCGGCACCCUCUGCUCCCCAGCAGCCCUCGCAAUUUGGGUUGGAGCAGCCGAAGCCGUCUCACAUCCACGAUGUCGGCCCGGAAGCAGCCAAAUCCCACGCGAGAAAUAUCUCCGCGUCCGACUUGGUUGCUACUCUCUUUGGCCGACAGGGAGCUGCAGUCCCUACCAAACCUGCUGGUCCUCAGUUUGGUCAACCUGGGCCCGCCGUCCCUGCUGGUGAAGGCUCUACUGCCCCGACCGCGGAAAAUACACAGGAAAUGCUACUUCGCUUGCUCAACCGUCCCAAGCCUAGCCAAGGCAUUUCUGAAGGUCCUGUGAAACCUGUCCCUCAACCGUCAACUUUCAUUCCCCCUCAGAAAUCCCCUGCAACUGAGGCUGUUUCUGGCAACGCUGCGAUGCCCUCAGUUCAGCCUGUAGAGGAGUCUUUGGCUGUGGACUCUCGUCCCGAGGAUAUCGUACCCGGGAAACCGGAUACCAUCGCUCCUCAUCAGGCAAGACCCUCUCCAUCUGGUAAGGAGACAUUAUUCACAUAUGUCAACCCCUUUGACCAGCUUGCGGCUGCCUCUCCUCGUAAGGCAACUCCACAGCCCAAGUCUCGGAGCGAGAGCCCAGCCGUAGAGGUCAUGGGAAGUAAGAAAAUCAUCACCACGGAGGAGCCCACUUAUGAGGCAACGGGCGCCAGGUCGCCGAGUUUGGCAGAAGAGCAAAAAGAAGCUGUGUCCCAGGUAGUUGAUAAUCUGGUGAGCCAGAUCGUCCGUGAUGUUGAUGAAGCGGUCGCAAACGCGGUGAAAGCAGAGAGCAAACCCGUGACGACAACAAUUCAGGAAGAGAGCGCACAAGAGACUCUGUCAUCGAUUGCUAGUCACCUUCGGGAGACCGUCGCUGAAGCUAAGGAAACCGCCCAAGAGAAUGAAAAUAAUGAGGCAGCAAAUGAAACCACAGCUGAUACUUUUGUUGCGAAGGAAACUUCGAACAAUGGCAGCGGUGAUGCCUUGGCUGAUAGCUGGGAGAGUGCAGAAGAUAGCGCCCAGAAGGAAGAAGAGCGAAUCGUGCCCGUAUAUAACUUCCCGUUGAAGCCGUUCAUUUCCAUAUCCGUGAACGCCCGCAACCCUGAUAAUUUAUCUACACUCCGGGAUGAUGGGAUCAUGGACAUCGCUCGGCUCAAGAAGGAGUUCGAUCAAUUGGACCGUUCGUUGACGUCGGCCACCUCCGAGUAUAUUGUUUAUGCUCUGGCGAAGAAUGGGGGCAUGAGAAUAAUCCGCCAGGAUGAUGGAAGCGACAAACAAGUAUUCCGUUAUACCCGUGAUCGUGUGUUUAACGUCGCGGUCUGCACCUCCCAGAUAACAACAGGUACAUCUGACGAGCAGGCCGUCCUGGGCAUCGGCGUUAGUGGUGCUGUGUACUGGGCAUUGAUCUCGAAUGCGGACAAGGACCUGUUUGAAAUGGAUGCUUUGGAGAGCGAGAGUCUCAUCUUCCCGCCAUUCCCAGCUUCAGAUGAGAAUACUUCCGGUGGCCAGCUGAAAACGCGUGCCAAACGGAGCUCUCGUCAUCCAGGGUUCUUUGCAAUCGGCCGCGGCAAAAAUAUCUACGUGAUCUCUCCUCAGGCCGCCGCAAAUCCAAAUUACGGUAUAUCCGGCACACAGCGGACUGUCAACACGGAGAAAUUCUUCAAAGAGCGCGCCUUGAAGAUUUCCACUGGCAAGGCCGGUAAAGACUUCAUGUUCAGUGACGAUGACACUGUAAUUGCCUCUCUCGAUAAGACAGGUCGUCUACGUUUUUGGGACAUCCGCGACGUUGUCAACAAUACCUCUUUCUUUGCCGCUGGACCCAGCCCAACCGAAGUCCGCGUUCCAUUGAACACCUUCGUCACAGGCUCUCCAGCAGAGAAGUCAUGGCCCACAUCUGUACUUUUCAUUGACAAGUUGCGCCCCUAUGUAAAGUCCAUGGCUCUUCGUUACGUCCUAGUUGGCCUUAAGCAGAAUCACACCUUGCAGCUCUGGGAUAUUGGGCUAGGCAAGGCUGUGCAGGAGCUCAAGUUCCCUCAUGAGAACGAAUCGGAUGCCAUUUGCAGUGUCGCAUAUCAUCCCGGAUCGGGGAUCAUCGUUGUUGGACAUCCCACACGCAAUUCGAUCUAUUUUGUUCAUCUUUCUGCGCCCAGAUACAACCUGCAGUCCAUGUCUCAGGCAUCCUUCAUCAAGCGCUCGGGUGAGAAGGAUGGCAGCCUUCCCAAACCAGAAUCGACCGCAUGCAUGAGCGGCAUACGAGAGAUCUCAUUUGCCUCAAAGGGUCAGCUACGGAGCUUGGAUCUUCUCCCAAUCAACAAGGCAGCCGGUGAAGAGAACGGUCUGUUUGAGCUUUACGUGAUGCACUCGCGUGGAGUGACCUGUCUGAACAUCAAGAAGGAAGAUUUAGGAUGGAGCUCCGAUAACAAGAUCAUCCGUCCCGUUAAUGCCCUGGAACAAGGUCUUAUUGAAAUUUCUGAGCUUCAGGCAUUCCCUGCUUAUGUUACAGAUGAUCCUUCUAUUAAUGGUGACGCUGUUCCCAAUCCAACCAAAACUGUUCCUAAGGAAAUUACCAAGAAGGCGCCUGAUCUGAGCGCUGAAGCCAGUGCUAUGGCUAGUGCUACCGCUUCACGUACCCAUUCCCCUAGUAAGUCCGCUCCGAAGAAGAAGGCGGGCGAAGAGCAGGCCGAAUCGAUGACUACCACCAAUGCUACAGAGAAGCCUGAGAAGAGGAAGAAAAAGAAGGCUACUGGUGCUGUUGAGGUACCUGUCAAAGCAAGAGAAGCGAAUUCUCCCUCUGUCACUGGCUCAAUUGAGGGUCUUACAGCUCUGGCUCAGAGUGAAGCUAUCUGCGAACAGCUGAACGGCGAUGUGCCCAAGUCAUCUACGACUAUUGCUGCACCGGUUAACGCUGGUGUCAUCGAGUCAAGCGAUGCCUGGAUUAAGCACGUGGAGGCCUUGCAAACCGGCGUGUCCACUGAAUUCAACAAGAGUCUUGGUCGGGAACUCGAAGGACUGUACCAGCGUUUCGACGAAGAGCGUCGCAGCUGGGAUGCAGCUUCCGCGGCCAAGCAGGACCAAGUCUUGCGGUUGGUCUCGAGCACCCUCUCUGAUAACGUGGAAAAGAAUCUCGCGCACAUCGUUUCGAACAGCAUUCAAUCGGACGUAGUGCCCGCCUUGGCAAAUCUGACAUCCUUAGCUGUCGGUAAACAGUUAGACACUGUUGUGGCUCAGCAGAUAGGCGCUGCCCUUCCUCGUGAGCUGCGUCAGGCUCUACCCGAAACUAUCACCCGUGCCAUGAAGCAACCAGAAAUAGUGAAAACCUUGUCGGAAGCAGUGGGUCAAAGCCUUCUGCCUAACAUUGAAGCCGAGAUUUCGACGGCUGUUCAACGCACGGUCACACCAGCCUUCAAGACCCUGGCUACACGCGUUUCAGAGAAGAUUGGAUCCGACAUGGAAAAUCAAAUGCAGACACAAAUGAAGCAAUACGAGGUGCAACGUCAGAACGACGCUGCUAAGAUCGACCAGCUCACUAGUCUUGUUCGUGGUUUAUCGGAUACAGUGGCCUCUAUGGCUGCGGCGCAGACUAGUUUUCAGAAUGAGAUUUUGAGGCUUAACCGCGCUCUGGGCCAGCAGGAAGAUAGGCAAAGUUUGCCACAGCCGGCGACCACCAUGGCUGCCCCUAAUGAGACGCAGUCAACUGAGGAUGUGGAAUUGGCGGAGAUCGCCCAAUUAAUGAAUCAAGGCAGACUUGAAGAGGGUUCAGUCAAGUGGCUCCAAUCCAAUCAACAGGCAGACCUUUUUGACAAUCUCUUCAUCGGCUUGGAUCCGUCCUACUUGACCAGCCUCUCUCCCAUUGUGGCGCUCUCCGUCGGUGUUGCAGUCACAUCAUCCCUGCAAACGAAUGUUGCGGAACGUCUUAAGUGGCUGGAAGUUGUCCUGCAGACUGUGAAUCCGAUGGAUGCGGACAUUCGGGAAGUUGCUCCGAGAAUUAUGGAGAUCUUGCUCCAACGACUGGAUAUGUUGUACAUGUCUGUCGCUAAGAAUGCGCCACAUGAUCCUGUUAUUCGCAAGAUCCCUUUCCUCUCCCGCCGUGCUCGAGAGCUCCGUGGAUAGAUCUGUGAUCUAGUCCGCUCGAUGUACUACAUGGUAUCUUCACAGCAAUUGAAUACGUAUUUUGGUUCGUCGUUGAUAAUAAUAACGGAUUAUGCAAUUAAUGGCUCAAAAGGGCGAAUAAUGUGUGUAGAGGGAAGCAAAACAACAACAAAGGCGAGU